AUGGACGAAGGAAUCUUCACCAAAUACCCAUCCCUCAAAAAGAUGGAAGGCUUAGAUGAUGAAGACAUCGUCGAAUCGCACGAUGGCCGAGAGGUCACCUUACUCAAAUACAUCUACAACCACCCUGACCUCGACACCAAGCUGCGGGGCUCCCCGUCCGCCAUCCUCGCCGCCAUGGACGAGUUCGCCGCCCAGGAGGACUUCCUUAUCAAUAUAGGCUCCGACAAAGCCAAUAAACUGGCCGUUUUGAUCCGUACACACUGUCCCCGCGUGCUGGUGGAGCUUGGCGGUUAUGUCGGGUACUCGGCCAUUUUAUUCGGAAAUAUCCUCAAAGAACUACACGCGCAGGACCAAAACGACGUGAAAGAUGAUAAGGAGAACAGAUCUGCCAAAUUUAAGCUUUACAGCGUGGAAAUCGAUCCACUCAUCGCCUCCGUCGCUAUGAAUCUCGUCAGCCUCGCGGGUCUCCAGGAUAUUGUUGAAGUAAUUGUGGGGGCAUCUCAACAUACCUUACAGCGAUUUCACGACGAAGGUAUCCUAGCUGAAACUGGUAUUGACUUUCUGUUUCUGGACCACGAUGAGGCGCUCUAUGAGCCGGAUGUGAAGCUGGCGGAGAAGCUGGGAUUCCUAGAUAAGGAAGGCGCGCUGGUGAUUGCCGAUAAUGUUCUGAGACCUGGUGCACCGGAAUAUCGGAGCUACAUGCGGAAUAACCCGCGUCUAAGCAAGAGCUGGGGAUUACCUGGUUUGAUUGUCCCGGGAGACUUUGAGGACGAGUUGGAGAUUAGUGUAGUUGGCACCGGUGGCGCGAAAUGA